AUGGCUGCGCCGGCGCGUGGAGCUGCCAUUGCGCUGUUGCGCGCUCGCGGAGCUCUGCGACGCGUCGCCGCGCGACACGCGCUGAGCACGCUGCCCACGGCGCGCUACGAGGCGCUCGUGGCCGACGGCGCGCUGCGCCGCGACGACCACCAGUUGGCGGCCCUGCGGACCCUGGACCGGGUCUGGAAGGAAUUGGAAACCUACGAGCCGCCGAACGCGGCGCCGCUCCUCGGCCUCGAUUCCAAGGCGCCCGUCGGCGCGUACGUCCACGGCGGCGUCGGCUGCGGGAAGACGUAUGUGAUGGACCUCUUCUUCGACGUCGCGCCGACGCAAAACAAGCAGCGCGUCCACUUCCACGCCAUGAUGCUCGACGUCCACGGCAAGCUCGACGCGCUGCGGCGCCGCGACGGCCCGCCGCACCCGAACCCGAUGCGGGCCGUCGCGCUCGACGUCCUGCAAAACGGGUCGCUCCUCUGCUUCGACGAGUUCCAGGUCACGGACAUCGCCGACGCGCUCGUGGUCAAGUCGCUCUUCGAGCACCUCUUCGACAGCGGCGCCGUCGUCGUCGCGACGAGCAACCGCGCGCCGAGGGACCUCUACGAGAACGGCGUGCAGCGCCAGGUCUUCGAGCCGCUCAUCCCUGUGUGGAAAUCAAAUCUUCAACCCGACUUCAAUGUGCGCGUAUUCGAAUUUUGA